AUGGCGCUUACUUCUCAAGGAACAAAGAAAAAAGUUUGCUACUACUAUGACGGUGAGUGCUUUGUGUACCUGUUUUGUUACUGACGGUUGCACAGAUGAAUGAAAACUGCGACUUUGCACCAACAAAGGCUGCAGUUUAUUUCACCUCUUGCUAACCUGGCACGUUAGCUAACCUAGCUAGCUUGAGUCGCAGGCGGCGGUCUUCAUCUCAGUCUAAUAGCGUGUCGCGAAGUCAUUAUAGAGUAUUACUGCCCAAAAAUGGUGCACUCAGUUCAGUUAAAUGUGCCGUUUGCCUUUGGACACCGUUUCACCCGCGUAUCUUCCAGAUAUUAGUACUUAGGUAGGCUUAGUUGAGGUUACUAGCUAGAGCGCUAACAAAGGGGAUACUAGUACUUCAUUGUCGCCUCAAUUAACGCUAACGCAGAGCUAACAUUCAGACGGGCCAUCUCGCUGCCGUCUAAUGCCGGGUAGUUCGGCGUGAAUCGAUAACUCGGUCGACGGUUGUCACUAUGUCUAAAAAAGCGCCAUCCUGUUAGUGUAGCUGGGGACAUUAGUGGAGUUUUUUCAGCCCAGACUUGAUAAACUGUUGAAGUUGUCGUUUCAACGGUUAGAUCGCAGCAUCAUUACAGCCAUGCAUACUGUUACCCUCAGAUUUCCUCUUCCUUUUUGGUGCUGCAUGUAGACUUGUUGACUUUUUUAUGUAAAUGUCAUGUAACAUUUGGGACUAUUCGCUGUUUGGAAACCAUUGAAUAAUUCAACAUUUAUUUUUUUUAUGUUUUAAAUCCAGGUGAUGUUGGGAACUAUUACUACGGCCAGGGGCACCCAAUGAAGCCCCACAGAAUUCGCAUGACUCACAACCUGUUGCUCAAUUAUGGCCUGUACAGAAAGAUGGAAAUCUAUGUAAGUUUAAUCACCUUGAAAACCCUAACCCUAACUCUACUAUCAUUGUUUUUGCUGUAUUUGUCUAUAUUUAAUUCACUCUUUGUCAAAGCGUCCACAUAAAGCCAGCGGAGAGGAGAUGACCAAGUAUCACAGCGAUGACUACAUCAAGUUUCUGCGUUCAAUUCGGCCGGACAACAUGUCUGAGUACAGCAAACAAAUGCAAAGAUGUAAGUAUGAGCACAGAGGAGGGCCAUGUUCCUUGCCUCAAUUCCUUUAAAACUCCUGGGAAAUUUGCCAAGUUAAUAUCAUUGCGUCUUCUGUGUCUUGUAGUCAACGUGGGAGAGGACUGUCCUGUGUUUGAUGGCUUGUUUGAGUUCUGUCAACUCUCAGGAGGGGGCUCCAUUGGUAAGUUGCCUCUCUCAAGGAAUUAUCACUCAGGCAGGCAUAGUGUUUGGACAGUUACAGUGCUAUUGUUACUCCUGUGACUGAUUAAAGGGAUAUUCCGGUGUAAAAUUAAUUUAGGGUCAAACACACUGUAACACCUAGUACCCCCUCGAGAGAUGAAUGUUGCCGACCGCUUGCUUCUCUAGUUAUACCAACUUUAGUAACGACCGCAGGAUAACAAUACACAGUGGUUUCAUGAGCUAUGAACAAACCUCAACCAAAACGCCACUUUAUAACCACAAAUAAUGCUCAGAACAGCACCUAACUUCAUCAGCAGUACAUACAGGGCCAGCCACCAAACAUCUUUUUAGCUUUGCCUGAUUUCUUUAGCAAAGAGACUAAAUACAACUCACCUAUUCGCUUCCAGCAGCCACUUGUUUGUAGUGAGACCUCAGGCCAGGCCAUUACAGACUACAGUGGGGUGACAAAGCUCAAGGAAGAACACGUAUGAUCAUUUCCUUGAAGUAAUAAUUACCAUACUAAUCAUUUUGCACUGCAGAUACGGUAGUUGUUAUGCCUUAGCACCUCGGUCUGAUUGCAUUUUCAUACGUUCUGAGCAUUAUUUGUAGCUAUAGAGUGGCUUUUUGGUUGAGGCUUGUUUAUGGCUUCUCAGACGGCUGUGUAUUGCUAGCGUGCGGUCGUGACUAAAGUUGGUAUAACUAGAGAAGCAAGUGGUUGGCAACAUUCAUCUCUCUUCAUCUCGAGGGGGUGUCUAACUUGGUGUUACAAAUUAAUUUUACGCCGGAGUAUCCCUUUUAAGCUGUGAGCUGUGGUUGGUAAUGUUCUCCACCUUACUGUGUUCCAGCUGGUGCAGUGAAGUUGAACAAGCAACAAACUGACAUUGCCAUCAACUGGGCCGGUGGCUUGCAUCACGCCAAGAAGUCUGAGGCCUCAGGCUUUUGCUAUGUCAAUGACAUUGUCUUGGCCAUCCUGGAGUUACUGAAGUGAGUACAAAAAAAAUCCAAAGCCAACAAAGUCAGAAUAUUCAUGAGCGCUUUGUCGACUUGUUGUUUUGUUGUCUCGCUCUCACACCUGUGCUUCUUAACUAAUGUAAAAUAUCCAAACGUUUUCGGACCAAGAGACUCUUUCCUCUCAUUUCAGAUACCAUCAACGAGUUCUGUACAUAGAUAUUGACAUUCAUCAUGGAGAUGGUGUGGAGGAGGCUUUCUACACCACAGACCGUGUUAUGACUGUUUCAUUCCACAAGUAUGGGGAGUACUUUCCUGGCACAGGGGACCUGAGGGUAAGCUAAGGAAACUCCUCAAUGUUUUAUGUUUUUCUUGGGGGGUAUUUGCUUUUAUUGGUACGAUAGCUAUCAAGUGACAGGAAAUGUGGAGAGGACAGGCGUCAAACCAGUGACCCUUGCAACAAGGACUGUAGCCUCUCCAUAUAGGAAGCACACUUGAACCUCUAAACCAGUGUCCUAAACUUGGGGAUUGUUUAACAGAUGAAGGGAGUUGAAUAAAUUUCAUUUAGUUAAUGGAAUCUUGCCUUUUUCUGUACAGGACAUUGGUGCUGGGAAGGGAAAAUAUUAUGCCGUGAAUUACCCACUUCGGGAUGGAAUUGAUGAUGAAUCCUAUGAAGCCAUAUUCAAACCAGUAAGUACAUGUCCAUAUGGACUGUAAUGUUUUUGUGAUUUCGAUAUUACUCGCUGUACAGGACCAUUGAUGGGGUUUUCUUUUGUUAAUUGUUUUUGUAGAUAAUGGCCAAGGUGAUGGAGAUGUACCAGCCCAGUGCAGUGGUUUUGCAGUGUGGAGCUGACUCUCUGUCAGGAGACAGGCUUGGUUGUUUUAACCUAACCAUUAAAGGUAAAUUGUCAAAAACAAAACUAACAGUGUCUACACAUUUUUGAACUCAAGUUAUCAAGAAAUCCCCAAAAUAACCCUUUUCUCUCAUUUAUUUUCAUGCUGUGUGCUCAGGGCAUGCCAAGUGUGUGGAGUACAUGAAGAGCUUCAAUCUGCCACUACUCAUGCUGGGUGGAGGAGGAUACACCAUCCGUAAUGUGGCACGCUGCUGGACCUAUGAGACUGCUGUGGCCCUUGAUACCUCCAUCCCCAAUGGUGAGUCUGUUUGCCUCGAAGUGCAAAGUAAAGUAGUGGGAGGGACUACUAUUUAUUGUGGUAGUUUGACUAAAACUGGAAAACUUACAUUUUAUCAUAUGCUGCAGAGCUAACACAUCAGUACUAGCAGUACAACACAAGAGCUUCAUUUACCCACAAAGGGAAAUUCAUUUGUCUGGAAUCUCAUGAAAAAAUGUGUCUGGUAGGACAGUUAACAAACUGUGUAAAUGCAAUCAGGUGUCAUGGAUAAAGUCUCCUGGUAUUAUUACAGGUGCUUGGGAUGUUGAGUCUGUAUCCUAGCAACAUUAUCAUAGAGAAUACAUGUAUACAAGUAUUGUUAUGAUAUGACUGAACUCCCUUGGAACAUAAUAUGGCCGGAGAGCAACUGCCAACAGUUCAAUAUCUGGACAACUCAUCCUCUUUUUGACAGUUAUGUGUGAACGGUUACACCAUCUGUGGUUAACAAAUAAAGUCAGAUCUCCUCCUUUCUUUUACAACUAGCUUUAGCGUCUCUGUAUGGAGAGUGAAGCCAGGUAGAUCCACACUGAAGUCCAAGUUAUUUUCAUUGAACCAGGUUUCAGUAAAACACAGGAGACUGCGUUCUCAGUCUUCACCAAUACCUCCAGUUGGUCACCUUAGUUGGGCAAAGAGUUGACGUUUCCCAUGAUGACUGAUAGCAUUUAGUCGCCUUCAACUUUGCCUUCACUUUUGCACCGGCACAGCAACCAUGAAAACACCCCUAGAUGUCUGCUGGACUUGGAUGUUGUCGUUCAGAUUUGCUUCCUCUCAAUGAAAGAAGCUCCUCUCUUGAGUAAACUCUUCUCAGCAGAAAUACUUAUGAGCAGUUUAAAGAAACAAAACAAAAAUGUGAAAAAAAAAUGUAGAUAGUUUGAAGAGAGAAGCAGAGUCUUGAUAUUAAUUUUAUGAUUGUGAGGAACUAUUAAAGCUGUCAUUGGGGCUAAGGUGGGUACACCCCAGACAGGUCAGGAGUAUUUUACUGUAGGACUCAUAUUAAAGACAACCACACCUGCAGGCCAUUAAGACUCACUAUUUACCCCAAAAUAUAAAUACUUUACAUUAUAAAUACAUAGAUUUGAACUUAAAUCAGUGCAAACAUGAUAACAGCAGAAAGUAAAGUGGACAUAAAGCAUUUUUAGCAGCCUCAUAACGAGCUCAAUGACCUUUCAUUCAUCUUAUAAUGUUUAUAAAUUCUUGUCUUGAUCUUGACAGAGCUCCCUUAUAACGACUAUUUUGAGUAUUUUGGUCCUGACUUCAAGCUGCACAUUAGUCCUUCCAACAUGACCAACCAGAACACCAACGACUACCUGGAGAAGAUCAAGUGAGUGAAUAAAGCAGCCAGGAAUUUCCUUUUCCCUUUAUUUUUUUUUUCUGAAUAUAAAUUAUGAAAUGUGAGUUGUGUAAGGUGCUCUAUUUGAGUCAUAAUUCAGUUCUUUCAGCAGAAGUUUAUAUUCAUAUGUUAAGGACAUGAAUGUUUCACCUGUUCUUUAGGCAGCGCUUGUUUGAGAACUUGCGUAUGCUGCCCCAUGCUCCGGGAGUCCAGAUGCAGGCCAUCCCUGAAGAUGCCGUGCAGGAGGACAGUGGAGACGAGGAGGAGGACGACCCGAACAAACGCAUCUCCAGUAAGACCAUCACCCAUUGUCCGGUUUUCCACUUUUGCACAGCACGUCCAGCAGUCAAAUCACUGUUUUCAUUUUGCCCUGUCCUGUUUGUUUUUAGUCCGUGCUCAUGACAAGAGGAUAGCAUGUGAGGAGGAGUUCUCUGAUUCAGAAGACGAAGGCGAAGGUGGCCGCAGAAACACGGCAAGCUUCAAGAAAGCCAAACGGGCCAAAACUGAAGGAGAGAAAGAGGGAGAAGAAAAGGAGAAGAAAGGUGAGGAGGAAACAAAAGGUAUCGAUUCACUUUUUCUUUUUUUCCCCCCUUGCAUUCUCAUGUUACUUAACGACAUAAGAUAUCUUCCAUAAUUUGAGUUGCUAUUUAAACCGGGUCAUUUAGAGAACUGUGAUAUUUUGUUUUUAUAGAAGUAAAAGAAGAAGAAAAGGUGCCAGAGGAGGAGAAAAUGGACACAUCAAAGUGAGAGAGAGAGCACAGCAUACUAACCACGUUGUCUAACUGUUGGCUUGCUGAGAGUUUUGAUGAUUUCUUUGCUCUUGGGUCCCUUUGUAGGCCAAAAGAAGAGUCCAAGACACCUUGA